AUGUCUGGAAACCAAGCACUCAACAUUAACGACGUGGUCGGGCAGCAGCCCGACCUCUCGAUUACGACCCGUGCCUCAGAUUGGUACUUCGCCGUCUGUGCUGUGAUGGGUUUCUCAACACUCGUCUUCAUGGGACUGGGACUCAGGAAAGCUUACACUGACCGCGUGUUCCACUACAUCACAGCUGCCAUCACUGCUACUGCCUGUAUUGCGUAUUUCUCUAUGGGCUCCAACCUUGGUCAAGUUCCGAUACAGGCCGAGUUCCUACGACCAGGAUCAUCACAAGUUGGUGCUGCUGGCACUCGUGAGAUAUUCUACGUCCGUUACAUCGACUGGGCUAUUACGACGCCGCUUCUUCUACUGGAUCUAUUGCUUACUGCCGGCUUACCUACGUCUACAAUCCUUAUUACCAUCUUUGCUGACGAAGUUAUGAUCGUCACUGGUCUUGUCGGUGCUUUGACACGAACAUCCUACAAAUGGGGCUACUGGACUUUCGGCAUGUUUGCUCUCUUCUACAUUGCCUACAACCUUAUCAUCGUCGGUCGUUCGCAUGCCAAUGCCAUUGGCGGAGCUCCCAAAAAAACAUACUUGAUGCUUGGUGUCGCGCUUACUUUCCUCUGGUUUCUGUACCCUAUCGCCUGGGGUAUCAGUGAAGGUGGAAAUGUCAUCCACCCCGACUCUGAAGCCAUCUUCUACGGUAUCCUAGAUGUGCUGGCCAAGCCUGUCUGGGGUGCUCUGUUGAUUUGGGGACACCGCAACAUCACACCUGAGCAGCUUGGCAUGCAUAUCCGCGAUUCCAAACAGGCUCGUGAGAAGCAUCCCGAGGGUCCUGGUGGCUCCAUCCCUGAUCGCGCCAACCUUGCAGCUCAUGGUACACAGCACAACGGUGCAGGUGCUACCGCUGCUACUAAUGUGUAA